AUGAAUACAACGAUCGACGACACGGACUCGAACUACUUCCAGUUCGUGCAAGACAUUUACGCGAACCCGCCGUCCUGGGCGGCGAUAACGCCCGCGACGCCGUGUCUGUACUGCUCCGCACAGCCUCAGACGGCACACAUACACAAUCAGACAUGGCACGACGGAUCGGUGGGCACGCAGGGAUCGUUGACGUUCCAGGGAUCGGCGGUGUACAUAUACGGCAUCGAUCUCACGCCCUCGGCGAACACCACGUUUACUCUGGAAAGCCGGACGACAACGCACUAUUAUAACGGGACGAACCAGUUCGUGUUCGACGCGCUGUAUUUUUCCGCCACUGGCCUUGAAGAAGGCGUAAAACAUACCGUGUCCUGGGUCGUGGGCAAAGGGCUCACGAAUGGGACGUCUGCAUUGAUCGACUACGCGGUAAUCACUGCGUCGGCAGCGAGUCCAAAUUCAUCACUCGAUAGUACGACAGCCUCGUCGCCUUUGCUGCACAAGAAAUCGAACACGGGGGCUAUUGCCGGGGGAACCGUUUCAGGAGUCGUCGUCCUUCUCGGACUUGUUUUACUGUUGUUCUCCCUGACGAGGUGGAGGAGAAGGAGAGGACUGGGGACACAGGCCGACGAGGCUGACGACUCGGAUGCGGGUCCUCGAGUGCGCAAUUUGCGCAAUCGUCAGCCCCAGCUGCCAGUUCAGCCAUUUGUCGACACUUCGUCUGCGCCGGUAUCAAUUUUACAACCCUACGCGACUACUCCAGCUUCAGCCACGACUCAGACGGAUCCGCAGACGCCCGCUCAGAAUGCCGAAUCAAGCACGACAUCAUCUUCUGGCUACUCGGAAUCACGGCUGGACUCCAAGACGAUGGACACAAGCUGGAUGAAUGCGCGCGAGAACGGCUCCUUGACAUCGCUUUCGACGAGUGUGGGUCCCCGCGCUCCCUACAGCCACCCCUACGCGGACUCGUCUGCUGAAGCGUCUACGAUGAUCUCCGGCUCUUCGGCGCGCGAGCGUUUCUUAGAGGACCGGCUCGCCGUUCUCGAAGCACACGUGCUGGCUUCGGAGCCGCCGCCGUAUCAGCAGCCGCUUACACCAGCACGUGCUGCGUCCGCGGCGUGA